UUUAAUAAUAUAGAUAGAUGUACAUAAAAUAAAUGUAGUUGUUAAAAUAAACAAAAAAAAAUAGUACUAAAGUUAAUUUUCUCUUUUUGUUUUGUCGUUUAAGGAAACUAAAAAGUUGUUCAAAAAAAAAAAGGAAACUAAAAGAAAAAUUUCCAUAAAGAAGGAAGAAAUACAGAGAGUUGGAGAAGCGAAGCAGAGAACGAGAAACCCUAAAAUUCUUGACAUCGUCACGGUUACAGAGAUAAAGUCAGAGAAAAAGCUCAAAGCCUACCUUCCAUCGUACGGGGAAACAGAGAUGGGCAAACCCUUGACUGUUGUCUACUUGGUUGCUCUACUUGUUCUUACUGUCUCCGCGGCGGCCGAGGAAGGAAACGACAGCGGUUGCUCCGCUGCUGCUGCUGUAAAUUCAGAAAAGGAUCUUAAGUAUAAGAUCGUGGCUAUCUUCUCUACUUUGAUUUUCGGAGUUUUUGGUGUUUGUUUGCCCAUCUUUGGCCUGGAUGGAGAUGGUUUUUUCUACGCAUGCGUUAGGCAAUUCGGUGCCUAUGUAAUGGGACUCGCCUCUGUCAUCUACAUUCUUCCUGAUGCUACAGCCAGCCUCACAAGUUCUUGCAUCGGAGAUUUCCCGAUGACGGGAGUUGUUGUAGCCAGGGCUGCUGCCAUCUUAACCAUGAUUGAAUCCAAGUCCUUCGCUUCAGCUUUUAUGAAUAUAUCUCACUCGGAAAAUCACAACGGUGAUGAUGAUCAUGUUGAUAAUAGUGCUUCACAAAGACACACUGUUUCCCGACAAGAUCACAAUAAGAUUAGACAGAAGCUCGUAACUCAGGUCUUGGAAUUAGGGUUUGUGGUUCACUCAGUGAUUAUUGGAAUAGUUUUAGGAGCAUCUCCAAAUCUUAGCACAAUUAAGCCUCUUAUACCUGCAAUUGCCUUCCAUCAGUUGUUCCAAGGAAUUAGUCUUGGAGGUUGCAUCUCCGAGGUAAUCUUACUUUGUUUUAAUCUCUCCAAUGUGAUAAUGAUGUUCUUAUACCUUUUUUUCUUUUGUUUGUGUGUGCAGGCAAAGUUUGAAUUGAAGAAAACUUUAACUAUGGUGAUAGUCUUUUCUCUCACAGCACCUGUAGGAAUCGGGAUUGGUAUUGGAAUCGCCGAGAUUUACUACAAGAAUGGCCAGACCACGAUGAUAGUGUCCGGUUUCUUACACGCUGCAGCCGCCGGAAUGUUGUUGUUCAUGGCUGGGGUUACUGGUUACAACCUCAAACCUCAUAGUACUCUUCACAUGUUAAAAGCUUUAGGUUUUGUCCUCCUCGUGUUGAUGUAGGGUGGGGGUUCAAAUUACCCAUUCGGGCUCUCUCCUCAUCCUUCCUCCACUCUAUCACUUAUGUCUCUUUCUCAACCAUGUAACCAAAGAAAAUAAGUUUUAUUCGACCAAUAUUACUUAAUUUCAAUAUAAAAUUGUAAAUUCUAAUCUCUUUUUAUGAAAAGUGAUUGAUUUUGUUCAACUCUUAGCUCCUUUGCUAGCUUCUGCAUCCUGUGUUAGUAUUAAUAACCCUACCAUUAAAGCACAGCUGUAUAACAAAUAUAUCAAAGGGGCAUCAAGUGAAAAUAGGUCAAGGAUUCCUUGUAAGCCGGCUUGGCUCGAGAAGUAUCAUAUUGCUUAAUCUCAUAGUGUAGAUUUAAGAUGUGACAUGGAAUUUUUAAUGAAGUUACAUAGUUUUGUUCGAUUGGUCGUAAUAGAUUGUUGAUGUGGCAGCACCACUUGCCAAAAAUCCAGUCUUGUUUUUUUUUUUGGUAACACAAAAUUCAGUCUUGUUUGUAUAAAGAAGAUAAUGGUUUAAUUCACCGACCUAUUUUUUGAAUUUAAUAACAUAUUAUUCUGAACCAUUUUGUAGUUUUUAUAUUGGGAAAAUUGGAAAAAUAGGACAUUCUCAACUUAGAUUUGUCUCAAUGGGAUUUUUAGAAGAUUAUUUAGGAAAAUAGGAUUUUAACUCUUGUAAAUACCAUAAUACCCUUAAAAUAAACCAAUUAAUAUGAAUUAUAAUUAUAACAAUGAUUUUUCGUAAUUGAUUAGUAUUAAAAAUAAAAAAA